AUGGCUAAGGAGGUUGCAACUCUUCAUCAUGAUUAUUCUUCUUUUUACACCACAGUGGAUAUCAUUGUUGAUGCUGUCACCAAUUUGGUUGAGUGGUAUAACUCCUUUAUUCCAAAAUUUGAUACGAAGGGUGAGUCUGAUGCUCAGGAAGUUGCAGUAUUGAAAACAAUCUUGAAUACUCUUACUGUAUUAGUUUCGAAAGUUGGAUCUUCUUCAUUUGAGUUACUUACUCCUAAGUUUUUAACUCAGAAAUUUCGGUUAUUGGAAUUUGUUAUUCACACAGAGUUAGCUCCACACGAAACUGGUAAACUUUAUGCCAACGGUUGCUCACCUAUUCACACAGGGUGGAAGGGGGGGGGGGGAGGAUGGUGUUGGCAUGGGAUCGAACGUUGGUAUGGGAGUGUUGUGAUUGGUUCUGGUGUUGGAGGAUCAAGUUCAUCGAAGCCACCUCCAUCAACAGAAAAUAUGAAAAUGAAAGGUAAGGGUAUCUCUACAGAACCAAUUGUCGAAGAGAAAAAGGUGUCCUUGGGAAAAGAAAUAGAAAGCCUGGUUAUAAGUGAAGAGAUGCACGAUUUCGAAAAAGUUCCCAAUAAGAGUUAUGCUACAAACAACACUGAUUUUAAUGAGCUGGACUUUCCAAUCAACAAAAUGAUGUUCAUGGCUGAACAAUAUCAAAUAUUUGAUAAGUUCGAAGGCAAAGAAGAAUAUAAACGAAUGAAGAUUCAAUUCCAUGCAAUACUGGGAAAAAGGGAAGUGGAUAUUUGGUCUUUGGUCAAGAUAGUCCGAGUUCUAAACAUUUCCAAAGACUUUGGUUCACCGUCGUCAUCGAUCAAGAAAAAUAGUCCAGGUCACGUAAUAGAAAGCACCCAUCAAGUGAAUGAAGAUGAUUGGUCAAGCAACGGAUUUUAG